AUGUAUUGGAGUCUUGUCUUGAUUUUCAUUUUCUAUAUUACAUAUCGAAUAUAUCGACAUUUUUUCCCAACACCAAAUAUUAAUCCUCGUGGUAAAUAUGUGUUAAUUAGUGGUUGCGAUACUGGAUUCGGCUACCAAUUGGCUAUUGAACUAGACAAUGAUGGUUUUCACGUUCUUGCUGGUGUUUAUAAUCCAAAUAACCAAGAUUCAUUAAGUCGUCAACUGUCGUCACGAGCAACCGUAUUUUCUCUUGAUAUUACUAAGCAGGAAGAUAUUGACAAGGUCUUUGCUCUUGUUCAGAGUAAAACUAAUGUUCUCCAUGCUCUCGUCAACAAUGCAGGUGUGGGUAAAACUGGAUUUAUCGAUUGGAUAUCUAUGGACUUUUUACGUAACAUUAUGGAAGUGAACUUUUUCGGACAUGUUAUGAUGACGAAAAAAUUUUUACCUUUACUGAUUUCCAAGCGAGAUUCACGUGUGGUGAAUGUUUCUUCGGUCGCCGGAUAUUUUGCUGGACCAAAUAUGUCGGCGUAUGCUGCUUCAAAAUUUGCUCUCGAAUCUUUUUCGGAUUGUCUCCGUCGUGAGAUGUAUCCCUGGCAUUUACGUAUCAGUAUCAUUGAACCUGGUUGCAUGCGAACGCCGAUUAUCGAAGAUGUUGACAAGGCUAUAAUCGACCUCUGGAACAAGGUGCCAGUCGAUGUCAAAGAUCGUUGGGGAGAAGAAUUUUGGAAGGAACAGCUUGAACAGGCUAAAGCCAAUAUUUUUAUUCAACAUGCUGAAGAUCCGAACAAAGUAGUGCGCGCUCUUCGACAUGCUGUUCUGAACACGGCACCACACAUCCGUUAUCGACCUGGUUGGCAAUCAAGUUUGGUACUCUUUCCUCUCUCUCGAGCUCCUACUACCUUAAUAGAUUGGUUCUUGCAAAAAACAAGUCCUAGUCGAAUUCUUCCUGCUGGACUUGAGAAACAAAUAAAAGAAUAA